CCCAAUAGGGAGUACUGUGCUAAACAUUCUUGUCGUCAUGUCGUGUAAACAGUAAACCGGGGGUAUAAACACAGCUGCUUCCACGAUUGUUUUUAAUCACGCAAGUACAAACACGUAAAAUUCUAAAUUCUUAUCAAAUUUGAAAAAGCCAUGCGAAUAGAUCGAAAGAACUUCGUUUAAAAAACGCGCACUCAUAAUCCUCUUAUUUCACUUUAUCCUUUGGCUUCGUAUAGUUUCCGUUUCCGCCAUUCAGUGUCAAGUAUUUUAUUUCAACCCUGUCGUGGUCUACUGAUUUAUUCAAUUUUUAUUCAUGAAUCGGUGAUUCAGUGAUUUUGCUCUGACCACGCCAUCACGGGAUGUUUCAUUAAAUACACUUGCAGGAAUACAUUAAUAAAUAUGACGAGUGACCUUCGCUCAAAAUUUCAUUUGGUGAUCGGCCUAACGGGCACGUUAGUCUUUUGUUCGGGAAUUUUUAUAUUAGCGUCAGGAAUCGUGGUAAGAAAUCUUCUGGGUUAUGAAAUGGAGACAUUUUAUGGUUAUGGGGGUAACACUUGCCAAUAUUGGGCUGGAAUACCGACUAUCCUUACAGGGAGUAUAUUAGUCCUCGCUGUUGUCUUCAAUAGUCGCCAGUUCUUGAAAUACAUCAGUCUAUGUGCUGUUCUAAUUACGAUGGUACUAACAAUGGGAGUCAUUAUGGAGGAAUCGGUACGUGCUUCCAACGUAAAUUACCAUAGCCGUAGAGACAGUUUCACCUGCGGAGAUCUGGAGGAUUCUAACUGGGAAAAAGACUGGCUCCACAAACGCAAAAAAGAUUGUCUAAAUUUAAAGCUGGCAGCUCCCUUGUAUUACAUCAUGGUAUUUGUAGCAGAUAUUGCUUUUGUAUUGUGUUCACUUGUGGCGCUGAUAUUGUUUAUUGACUGGAUCUUAUUUGUCGCUCCGAGAACACCGCAUAAUAAUUUCGAAAUGGCGCAUCAACUCCCUCCAGAAAGUCAAAGAGGAUAUUCUGAUUCGCAGAGACAAGCAUGGUCCAAUACCUAGGAAGAUUCGAAUCCAGUAUUACCUCUACAACCUUUCCCGAUGGUGACACAACCAGUGCACUCGUAUUAAACUUCACCAAUCCCUUUUUAACCAAUGGCUUCGUUUCCAUGUUUGUUAGUUUAGCACGUCGGAUGCAGAUAAGAAGUCGGUUGAAAUAAUUGAAAGGUUCUAUAAUCUAUGAAUAUAAUUUUAAAAAUUUUCUAUGUAACUAUGUAACGAGAUUAC